AUGUCAGGUUUUACCUACAGAGAAGUCAAUGGCGACUUGUUCAGCUGCAGAAGUGAUUAUUCCAUGUGCCACUGUGUGGCUGCCGACAUGCGUAUGGGCAAAGGAAUAGCUGUAAAAUUUCGCAACAAAUUUGGCCAGUUGCUUAACCUGGAGAAGCAGAAUGUCCAGCCCGGUGGCGUGGCCAUCCUUCAGGAUCAGCAGCGUUAUGUCUACUACCUGGUAACCAAGAAGUCCAGCUGGGGAAAGCCCACAUAUGAACUCCUUCAUAGCUCCUUGGUUGCCAUGCGCCAGCAUAUGAUCUUCCACCAAGUCCCCAAGUUGGCCAUGCCCCGCAUAGGAUGCGGUUUGGAUGGCCUCAAGUGGCCCAAGGUUAAGGAAAUAAUAUGCCAAGUUUUCCAAUCGGAUAAUGUGGAACUAGUCGUUUAUAAUUAUGUAGCUCAGAAGUAAAUAGCACAAAUUAAACUAAAAGGAUUCCAUUAUUUGCUCUGUGGCGGCACAAAGUUGUAGACCACAAUCUCCAGCGGUUCCUGGCCAAAAACGUACUCCAGCACUCCGCUGACCUUUUCCCAUUCCAAGCCAUCGAUUCCGCAGCCAAUCUUUGGAAUAGCCAGCUUAUCCACGUUGUUUUUGCGCUGUAAUAUAAGA